GACUUGGUCAUAACUUCUGCUUUCAGGAGCAGAGCACAGUGUGUCUGACGUGCUUUGAGAGGUUUUCUGAAGACACAGGGACAACUUUUAUAUCAAGACAAACUCUUAGGAAAGCUUCUCUUACAGCACUUGUUAUUGUCUCAGCUUGUUGAAAAUGGGGGAAGUAAACAAAUGCAUGAAGUACUCCAUGUUCAUCUUCAACUUCUUGUUUUGGGUGUGUGGUUGCAUCAUUUUGGGAGUCUCCAUAUGGAUACGUGUUAGCAGUGCUCAGCAGGGGAUAGACAGCAGUAUGUUUGCAGGAGUUAAUCUACUAAUAGCCGUGGGAGCCAUCAUCAUGAUCCUUGGGUUCCUGGGGUGUUGCGGUGCUGUAAAGGAGAGCCGGUGCAUGCUGAUGUUGUUUUUUAUUGCACUGCUUCUGAUCCUGAUUCUUCAGGUCACAGGAGGUAUUUUAGGAGCAGUGUACAGAUCUCAGGUGGAAACAGCCUUUAACCUUACUCUAAGCACAAGUGUGAAUGCACUGCAAAGUACUACAGGAGAAUAUAAAGAGUAUCAGGAGGAGUUCCAGAAGUUUGAGAAACAGUUCCAAUGUUGUGGAUUGACAAACGGAUAUAAAGACUGGGGAGAAAAUUUUAACAAACUUUCCUCAAACAUGUGCCAGUGUGAACUAGAGAAGCCAUCAUCAGAUCUCUGCAUUAGAUAUGACAACAGAUACAUCUAUAAAAAGCCUUGUGGAGAAGUUAUUAUGCAACAAAUUAAAGACAGUCUGAUCAUAAUUAUGGGGAUUGCCUUUGGACUGGCUGUUGUUGAGAUUCUUGGUUUGGUGUUUUCUAUGAGCCUCUACUGCCAGAUCCGGAGAAAAUGAAACUGUGAAAAUGUCAGAAUGAUGUCAGCAGUCAAAUCAAGACCUUUCUAGAAAGAAGGCUAGAGAUUUGGCUGGGCACAUUCAGAUGAAUAUAUGCAUGUCCCAGGCAGCUGUUCUGAUGAAAAUGGCAGCCCUUGCAUGGGUGCUUGACAACUUGCAAAAUGACAUCUUUAUAUUUCAUAAGACUUAAUGAUGUGAAUAUGAUUUUUUAUUUGCAAUAAACAUCUUUGUUUAUGUUUC